GCUGGACGGAAUGCUGGAAGUUCAGUAGCAGCAAUGGAGGCACACAAGGAACGAGGCUUCAUCUCCUUGGUGGUGUCACUGCUCAUCGCUUCUGUGGCGGUGCAUGCUGAGGUCGCAGAAGAUUCCCCCAAUCCUCUGGUGCCCUUGGUUUCUGCUCUCGCCGCUUCUGCCGGAACUGAUGUGCAUUGCUCUGGAACUAGGCCCGUCUGCUACAAUUGCAGCACAGCACCGAUUUGCUUAUCUCUCCCCGACGGAACAAACCUUUCAUUAGGGUCCUACAGCUGCGCCGCACAAAAUCCAGACCAGCCUUACUGUAACAGUGGUGUAUGUAGCGCGACGAAGAGCCGAGAAUGCUCGCAGGAAUUCCAGUGCACCGGAGAGGGGUACUUUCCCGAUCCUGACGACUGCAGGACGUUCCACUCCUGUAACGCCUACCUGAACGUCACUACCUACACUUGUCCCGCCAGCUAUGUGUACCUGCACGCGAACCACACCUGUGUUCGCAAGAAGGUCUCGGCCGACUGUGCGACCAUCAAGUGUUCAUACGCGCGUCCAAUCGAGUAUGUCGUCUAUCCCAAGGAUCCUUCCAUCUAUGGCAUCUGUGUACGCGACCAGCCAACGGCAGUUGUCAAAUGCAGUGACGGACAAGAGUUCGAUACCAAAACAUCGAAGUGUAAGACAGCGUGUAAGGAAGAAGGCGUAUUUGCAGCCGACGGUUGUAGGAAAUUCUACGAGUGUGUUCGCGUCGGUUUAAAUAAGUAUAAUAUUGUGGAAGGGGAAUGCCCUGUGGGCACGUAUUUUGAUGCCAAUUUAAAGGGCUGUACAGCUGGAAGUUGUUGACGGCUAGGGGAAGGAUCCCCACUUAGCAAUAGUAGUUCAUAAUUCUGUAGACGCACUAGCAUAAUUUCUGUUGUUCGCCACACAAUUUGCAAUAAACAAUUUUGAGGUACGUUC